GCGAUAUUGACUGGCCUGUUGGUGGGUUGGUGGGCAAUACAAUGGAUAGGCGCACGAUGCCAUGUCCGUCGCACGGCACGAACCGACACCCAAAGGACGCAGAAGCUUAUGAUGGCAUGGAUCGAGGGAGAGGAAGGGUACGCCGAUCCGGCGUCCCAGGCACGGCGGACCAUAUGAUGGUAUGGUCCGGCGUCACUGGGACGCCGGACCAUACCAUCAUAUGGUCCGGCGUCACUGGGACGCCGAAUCAUACCAUCGUGGGGUCCGGCGUCGCCGGGACGCCGGACCAUACCAUCAUAUGGUCCGCCCUUCAUUGUGUGAAGGGCCACAUGACGAGAAGGUCCGGUGCCACGGGCGUGCCGUGUCAUGUCUCGCCCUGCCAUAUCGUCCCGGGUCGCGUAUGGUGUUGUUCAUUGCGGUGCUUGCGCGAUGUUGCGAAUGAGUGCGUUGGUUUGUCCGAUGGUGAUGGGUUUGUCGGUCUAUUCGCAGGUGAUAAACAUGGUGGAUGUGGAGAAGCCACAUGGUCCAGUAUGUUCGUGCGUUCGUUGAUCUUGAAUCCAUCUCAGCGUCUUGUUGGGUUUUCGAAAGACGAACCACCGGUUCGCGUAUGGCGACGCGACACCCGGGGUGGUACCUCCACUAAGCCAUAUUCGAAGGAGGAGGAGGAGAAGAUGGCCACCAUUCUGAGGGAAAGAAAAGAGAAGAAAGGGGCCAAGAAGAAGGCCCUACAGGAGGAGCAGGCGGCCAAGUUGAAGAAGAUAGAGGAAGAGAUGGCCAGAGAAAAGGGGAGAAUAAAGAAAGAAGAAGAGGAAAAGUUGAAAGAGGUGGAAGAGAAAGAGGAGGAAGAUGAAACGCCACUGCAAAGGAAGAGAGGGCAGUACAGUGGCAACAGAGAUGAUGAGAUGGAGAAAUGGAUUUCGGAGUGGGUCGCCAACUUAUCCCUGGGCGAAGAAGAAGAAGUGGCRAUGUAUAUCCCCAAGGAUGAUCAGGAAGCCGCUAUGAAAGCUUGGGACGCAGAAGAAGAUGUCAUAAAGCGGCAAGCGAUGGAAGAUGAGAAGAGGAUGGAGUGGAAACUGGCAGUGAUGACGGAGAAGAAGAGGAGAGUGGACGCGGCAGCAGAUGCGGCGGAGGAAUUGGAGGAGGACUUUGCUCGCGAAUUAGGGGGAGCUGUAGGAGCCGAGGUGGGCCAUCGCCUCGACAAGACUGAGCGGUUUUGUGUUGGCGCCAUUGAAGGCGUCAAGGCGGCAGCUCCCAAGGAGGAAGAAACACAUCCUCGCCGGGAGCCGGUCAAAGUCAAAUUCCCUGAUUCCUAUAGUGGAAAAUGGGAAGAAAACUUUGACGAUUGGGAAGCCAAUGUGAAGACCUAUGUGCAUCUGCAAGAGGUCUCCCCGGAUCAGCAUGUUCUAAUUGCGAUCCACGCGCUUAGAGAUGAGGCUGCCAGCUUCGCAAGGUCCCUAGUUCGUGCUGCCAACUGCAAUGAUGAUGCAGUUGCGUACUCGUCGUUCACUCCCCUCGUCGAUUUCCUGAAGUUGCUGCGCGAGCGAUUUGCUGAUGUUGCUCGUAGUGUUAAAGCCUCAGAUAGGCUGCAGACGAUCCACUCUCGCCAGUGGAAGAGUGCUAGGGCACUCAAGAGCACAAUUGAUGAAUUAGUGGUCUUGGAGAAGCUGAGGGAAGCUAACUUCAAGAUCAACGCAAAGAAGUGCGAAUGGGCAAAGACCCAAGUUUUGUAUUUAGGCCAUGUCUUAGACGGAGACUGCAUCAAGCUCGAAGACAGCAAGAUUGCAGCGAUUAGAGAUUGGCCGACACCGCAUACGUUGACAGAGUUGUGGUCGUUCUUAGGCCUAGCAAACUACUAUAGGAAGUUCGUGAGGAACUUCUCCACCAUCGCUGCGCCCCUUCGCAGAUUGCUAAGGAAGGAGACCAUCUGGAAGUGGGAUAAGGACUGCACAUCUGCUAUGAAGAAGUUGAAACAGGCGUUGAUCGAAUAUCCAGUCCUUAAAGUAGUCGACCCGUCCUUGCCCUUUGUCGUCAUUACGGACGCUAGUCAGUACGGCAUAGGUGCUGUGUUGCAGCAAGACGAUGGCCAUGGUUAUAGGCCCGUAGAGUUCAUGUCCGCCAGAAUGCCUUCAGAAAAGGUCGCGACAUCUACCUAUGAGAGAGAACUCUACGCUCUCAGGCAAGCCUUAGAACAUUGGAAACACUACUUGCUUGGGAGACACUUCAAAGUCUAUUCCGAUCAUGAGACGUUGAGAUGGUUAAAGACGCAGGCCAAGAUGACACCUAAGCUUACUAGGUGGGCCGCAGAGAUAGAUCAGUAUGACUUUGAGCUCAAGCCAGUCAAGGGAAAGUAUAACGUAGUUGCGGAUGCUCUGAGUAGGAGAGCUGAUUACUUUGGGGCAAUAGUGCAUUACCUAAACAUAGGGAAGGACCAGCAGCAGAAGAUUAGAGAAGCCUAUGCGCAGGAUCCUAUCUAUAGUGACCUCCUCAAGAAGGUCAAGGAGGCCCCAGAGACUGAGCCGAACUACCGCACUACUGAAGGGUUGCUCUUUGAGAAGACUAAUGUAUUUGACCGCCUGUGCAUCCCCAAUAGUGAAGAGGUCCGUAGUCUGAUCUUGGGAGAAUGCCACGACACAGAGGGUCAUUUUGGUUGGCAAAAGACUUCAGCCAAUCUGAUGCGCGCAUACAUGUGGCCAGGGAUGAAGAAUGACUGCGUAGAUGAAGACUCCUACUGUGAUUGGCCAUCAAAGCAAAAGAAGCUGGGAAGAGAAACGGUAUACAAGUGGGAGGAGAAGACUGUGAUGGUGGAGAGGGGAGGGGUGGAGAAAGCUGGCGGCAAGAUUGUCGGCGGGAAGGAGGAUGAUGACGAUGGCGUGGCAGCUGGAGGACGACGAAGACGCGGCAGCAGGGGGACAACGAUGGCCGGGCAGCGGGGCGACGACGACGGUGGCAGCAUGACGACGGCGACGAAGGCACGGCGGGAGGGCGGUGGCGUCACGGGAGGGCAGCGUCGUCACGGGAGGGCGGUGUUAUCACUGGCGCCUGGAGGAGGGUAGGAGAGUGGAGGGCGGAGGGCGGAGGGGCACGGGGCGGGAGGCAGAUCGGCUCGGGAUUCAAAUUUGAAUCCUGGGAGCCACAAUCGC